AUGCUUAUAGAAAACACUAAUGAUCGGUUUGGUAUCGUCAUAGAUGCAGGGUCUUCGGGUUCCAGAAUACAUGUGUUCAAGUGGCAGGAUCCAGAAUCGCUUCUCCAUGCAGGCUACCAAGACACAGAGUCUAUAUUGCAAUCAGUGCCCCAUAUCCAUCAAGAAAGCGAUUGGACUUUCAAAAAGAAUCCUGGUCUAUCCAGUUUCGAAAAAAUUCCCCAAGAGGCUUACAAAUCACACAUCAAACCACUGCUGGAUUUUGCCAAAGAUAUCAUCCCCGAAUCGCAUUGGUCGAAUUGCCCUGUUUUCAUUCAGGCUACCGCAGGUAUGCGUCUUUUGCCUCAGGACAAACAAUCUGCCAUCUUGGAGAAUUUAUGCCAGGGGCUCAGGCACUCCUCUGAAUUCUUGAUCAAAGAUUGCUCUUCACAAAUUCAGGUCAUCGACGGUGAAACUGAAGGCUUGUAUGGCUGGCUGGGCUUGAAUUAUCUUUAUGGACAUUUCAACAACUACAAUCCGCAGGUUUCGAGUCACUUUACUUUUGGAUUCAUGGACAUGGGCGGUGCCUCUACCCAAAUUGCAUUUGCACCCCAUGAUGAAGAUCAAAUAGCAAAACAUAGAGAUGAUAUUGCCAGUAUUUUUUUAAGAAGCGUUAAUGGGGACCUGCAAAAAUGGGAUGUGUUCGUUAGCACGUGGCUAGGGUUUGGCGCCAAUCAAGCUAGAAGAAGAUACUUGGCUCAAUUGAUCAAUACCCUUCCAGAAAACACAAACGAUUACAAUGAUGACGAUUUCAAUACAAAGACUUUGAAUGAUCCAUGUAUGCCUCGCGGAAGUACCACUGAUUUUGAAUUUAAAGACACCACCUUCCAAAUUGUUGGCUCGGGGAAUUAUGAACAGUGUACUAAAUCUAUGUACCCUUUACUCCUGAAAAACAUACCUUGUGAUGACCAGCCUUGCCUGUUCAAUGGUGUUCAUGCGCCUCGAAUAGACUUUGCUAAGGAUAAAUUUAUAGGCACUUCUGAGUAUUGGUAUACUGCUAACGAUGUAUUCAAAUUGGGCGGUGAAUAUAACUUUGACAAAUUUAGUGAAAGUGUAAAGGAGUUCUGCAAUGCAGAUUGGAGUCAUAUAUCGGAAAACAGUGACAAGGGAAUGUACAACUCUAUUCCGGACGAUUUCCUGAAAGAUUCAUGCUUCAAGGGUAACUGGGUCCUCAAUAUACUUCAUGAAGGGUUCGAUUUGCCUCGUAUAGACGUCGAUGCAGAGAAAGUUGAUGAGAAACCCUUAUUUCAAAGUGUCGAGAAAGUCAAUGAAAGAGAAUUGUCCUGGACAUUGGGUAGAAUCUUGCUCUUCGCUUCAGGAAGCAUACUCGCUAGUCAUGACAGUUCCGUAGUUGGUAUCGCCCCCAGUGAAAGAAGAAUGAAACUUACUGGUAAAGAAUUUAUGUCCGGUAAGAUACUUGAAACAGACCAAAUGCAUAGGCAGAGUUCAAGUCUUUCCACGAAAGGGUUUUUUUUAUGGUUUGGAGUGAUCUGUUUCUUAUUUUACAUGGUGUUUUACAAAUCUCACACGAUCAAAAGGUUGCGUUUAUCUGGACUGUACAAUGUUGCUAAGGAAGUCAAGACAGGUAUAAGGAGAAAAUUGAAAUCGCUAAGGAGAUCAGACCCAUUUUCCAGAUUGGAGGAAGGUGAAUUUGGGACUGAUAGGGACAACCUCAAAGAAGCAUUUAGGCUGAAGAGCAACAGCAUGUUUGAUCUGGGCAAGAGUUCGGCGACAAUGCAAAGGGAGCAUGAACCACAAAGGACAGCAAGUCAAUCUGCUAAUCUCGGUCCGUCAAACUUACGACCCGCAUUCUCUAUGGCCGAUUUCUCUAAAUUCAAGGACAGCAGACUAUACGAUUAA